CUGUGAAUUUGAGCAUGAAUGGUCGUUUUGUCUAUCUGUGCCCAGCUGUGAUUGGCUGACGUAGAUCAAUUGGGAUACCUUCCAGUUUACCCACAUUUUUUUUUAAAUGUAAUUUUUUUACUGAUUACAUUCCAAAGAGGUGAAAAAAAAAUCAACCAAUUGGUGUUCUAUUAUUCGAACCAAGUGUCACCUUGUGAGUUGAUUUUGACAUCUGUCAAUGUCUGUGACCUGCUUCCUGCAUAGCUGCAGAGAGGAGGAAAAAAAACACGAAGGUGUUUGUUUUUGAAAUCUGCUGCCUCAGUUCAUGUCCGUGACAGUCAAUAUUUAUUUCUUUUGGGGGCCUUUAAAGGUGGGUGUGUCUCUUCCACCCACGUCAUGGACAAGAAAACAAAAGUGCAUUCCGUACACUUUGGGCCUUCAGCCAGCCAAAACAUUUAUCUUCUGCUGAUAACAAGUAAUGAGUGCUUAUGUCUAGUUGUAGUUACAGCCAUUUUUCCCCCCUCAUCAUAUAUUAUCAAAAUAUGUGGCUUAUGAAGACAUGUCCGUGAGUGCCUGCAAAAUUUUGCCACAAAACCAUUGAUGGCUAAUUGACCUACUUAAUUGGACCAGUCGAACUUGCCUCCCAUGAGCGUCUCCCUUCUUCACUGAGCUGCCGCUCACCAAGAAUGCCUGCAAGUUUCUGUGGCACUUGGGACAUGCUUAGCAAUGACAACUUUGAAGGCUACAUGAUUGCAUUAGAUAUCAGCCCUUGCAUUCGAAAGAUCGCCCUGAAGCUGAAGAUAAGAAAGUUGAUAGAACACCAGGGCGACCAGUACAUCAUCAAAACAUGCAGCAUCUUCAGGAACUACACCGUGUCUUUCCAAGUGGGUCAGGAAUUUGAGGAGUUCUCGGAGGGGUUAGACAACAGGCACAUGAAGUCUGUGGUGAGGUGGGAGGGGAACAAGCUGGUGUGCGAACAGAAAGGUGAGAAGAAGAACAGAGGGUGGUGUCAUUGGAUAGAAGAGGACAAGCUUCACUUGGAGCUUUAUUGUGAAGGGGAAAUCUGCAAGCAGGUGUUCAAGAAGGUCAAUGACUGAAAAGGACGACAACUGUAAAAAAAUGGACAUUACAAGAAAGAAAUUCUCUCUCCUGUGUGAGCUGUAUGGGCAUAAACUACGCCACUAGAGAGCAGUACAGCAACAUGACAGCUGUACGUAUGGUACAGUAGUUACGGUGCAUGCUGUUGUUUACCACUGCAUCAAGUGUGUUCAGCUCAUGAGGGACAAAAAGAGCAUUUUAUGUUUAUUUAUACAUUUCUCCAUGUGUUUGUAAUUUGAUUGUAUAACUGUGGUUAGUCUUUUAGACAUAUACGUGGGCAUUCGUGUCACCUGAAAUUAAGGAAAUCAAUUUAAAAAACCAAACCAACGUUAUUGAUCUCUGUUGGAAAACUUCAUUUCCGCUCAAACCAACGAUUGGGCCAAGUAUGGCCCACGGGCCAUGACUGUCUCAAUAUGCUAAUCUGGGACGUUGAAAAUAGGGGUGUCAAGCUGUUUUUUUUUGUUUUAUUUUUGCGGGCUACACCACAGUUCUGGUUUCCGUCAAAGGGCCGUUAUGACUGUGAACCCAAAUAAAUGUCUGAUCGCCUCAUUACAUAUUCAUCCAUUUUAAACCCCACUUAUCCUGUUCAUCAAAUUGAUGAAU